AUGGGCGGUUUUAAUCCAGCUCGAGACAUUCCUUCACUGAGUGGAAAAGUCUGUCUUGUGACUGGAGCAAACUCGGGGCUGGGUGAAGCAGCUGUUACAGCGCUCGCCCAACACGGCCCUGCGAAAAUUUAUCUUGCUGCUCGCUCUCAAAGCAAGGCAGAAGAAGCUCUGGAGCGUAUCAGAGCAACCUCUACAGCGGCCCGAUCUGCCAACAUUGAAUUCCUAGAAUUAGACCUUGCGUCACUGGAAUCGGUCAAGACGGCGGCAGCCAGAGUCAAUGCCGAGGUGGAUCGCCUUGAUAUUCUUCACUUAAAUGCCGGUGUAGCAUCAGUACCUGCUUCGCUCACAAAAGAAGGCUACGAAGUGCACUUCGGAACCAACUACAUGGGCCAUGCCCUGUUGACGCAAUUGCUGCUGCCCAAACUGCUAAAAACAGCGGCUCUACCCGGUGCCGAUGUUAGAAUCAUCUCUGUGUCAUCUUCAUACCAUCGACUGGAGGGUACUAGCGACGGGAUCUCUUUCGACAAGCUCAAGACAAAUAUGGAGGGUACUGGCGGCGUUGUCUUGUAUGCGCAAGCCACGCUGGCAAAGGUUCUCUUCGCCCGAGAGCUUGCGAGACGGUACCCAACCAUAACGUCGUUGUCAAUGCACCCGGGCAUAGUCAGGACUGAGAUUUGGAAAGGGAAGAAAGAUGCAAGUUUUCUGAUGCGGACUUUUCUCCGUCCCGUGGUAAGCUUGAUCGGCGUCGCCCCUGAGGAAGGCGUAAAGACACAGCUUUGGUGUACCGUUAGCAAAGAUGUGAAGAAUGGAGCAUAUUAUGAGCCGAUAGGAAAGCCAAACAUGCGUGGAAAGUUUACUGAGGACGAUGAGUUGGCGGGUGAACUGUGGAAGUGGACGGAUAUGGAGUUGCUUGCGCAUGGCGCACCUGGGUGGGCUUAA